AUGAAGGGACCCAAAGGGACCGAGCCUAUUACUAGCGACUGUAAAAAUUUGUUAGGCCAAGAGAACGAGGAGUUGCAGGAAAGUGGUGAAAAAAUUACUCAAUUAAGCUCUUCGGUUACCUUUUUCAAAGAUAUAAUUCAUGAUACAAAGAAAGCUAUUGCAUCAGCAGAAAAUUGUAUUGAUAUGUUAGAAAAUAAAUGCCGGCAUCUGGAAGAUAUUAUUUCUGCUAAGGAUAGGAAAAUUAUCGCUCUUGCUAAUAAGAUCUCUUCUUACACAAGAUAUAGUGAUAUAAAUAUAGAACCGGAAAUAUAUUCCAGCACUUAUGAAAGGAAAUUAUGGGUGAAGAGGCGUAGCGAGUCUGAAUAUGACCUAGAAGUCCGGAAAAAAUAUACAUUUCGUCUCACUUCAUCAAUAGCUUUGAGGGAGGAUUCUACUCAUUAG